AUGUUUCUCCACUCUUACCUCAAUGAACAGGGAGACCGGGUUUAUACCCUGAAGAAGUUUGAUCCUACUGGACAACAGACCUGCUCGGCCCAUCCUGCUCGGUUCUCCCCAGACGACAAAUACUCUCAACACAGAGUGACCAUCAAGAAACGUUUCAAGGUACUGAUGACCCAGCAGCCGCGCCCUGUACUGUGAAGGUCCCUUAAAUUUCAUGUCUCUCCUGCCACCUGGGACCCCUUGAGACUUUUCCGAAACCAAGCUUUUCAGUCUGUGAGCCUUGAGGCCUUCUUACCACCCUUGCUCCUUGGAAUCAGUGUCAUCAUUACCUUAGAUCAUGCUUGUGGGA